AAACACUUGAAAGGUUAACUUUUUUUUGGAUAUAUGUAUUUUUUUGAACCACCGUUUAUAAGAAUGCCAGAAACUUCUAAAACUCAUCAGUCACCAGGGCAGAUUAUUACAUCCAACAAGAUGAAAUUAAUUUUGUUUUUUUUCGCCGUUGUGGCUGCUAUAUCGGCCAUACCAACGGCCAACGGAGAUCUUCAAUCCGAUCUCGAAUAUAUUGUUUCGAAAAUUCCAUUAGCUGAAAUCAGAGCUCUUGCUCGUAGAUACGCCGCAACUGAUGCUGAAUUCCAAGAAGUAGUCAGAUAUUUGCAGGGACCAGAAUUUUCCAGUUUAGUUGACGCCGUCGCUAAACAUGAGAGGUGGCAAAAAUUCAAAGCACACCUGGCGGAUGCUGGAGUUGAUAUUGACGGAGUCAUGCAAUACAUUUACGACCUUUUAGCUGAUGUUAUCCUUCCCAAAAACGCGAACCAGCGUAACGUAAAGGGUUUCCUUGAUGAAGUUCGUGCAAUUAUUGAUGUUAAUGCUAUUGCCGACGCUAUCGAUGAAAAAAAAUAUAGCAGUGCAGAUUUCGGUAAAUGCUUCUACAAAAUUAGUAUGGCACAUUGGCUAUGGGAAGGUAUCUGGGCAAUGGAUGAAGUUAAACAAAUCAGAGGACGUCUCCUUGAGUUGGGUAUUAAUCUUGAUGCCGUUGGUGGAAUUCAAAAUUAUUAUUGGAUUCUUGAGUGGGAGAUAAUACAAUCCUUCUCUUAGUCUCGAAAGUCUUCGUACAGGCCAGAAUUUCGUAUUUAUAAACAAAAUAAACGUUUAUUUAUAACUGUUAUGAAACAUUUUACGUAUUUUCAAGGAUUAAUAAUGAUUUAAA